AGCCUGCAUAUCUUCAACGGCACUUAGCGAAAUCUAGACUACAACAGCUUCGGAGUAUCGGUAUCCUCCUUUGUCGGAUUUAGGGUUGCUGCAGAACUGUGCACGCCGCAAGGGAGUUGAUAAAUGCCGGUCCGAACUUAUACCCGAGCAACGUCACACGCAACACCUAGUGUCUGCGGGCAUCUGCCCCAACCGGAAGGGAUUCACGCGCAACGUUUUGUUGACCUACGUAACUACAAGUUCGAUGAUCGAAUCAAUCAUAAGAACUGCGAGCAGCACCAAUUCAUCGCCGUGGCGAACGAGAAUAUGGGUGUCAGCCACGGCACCCCCGCCUGUCCCGAUCGCGCCUUCGCUGCGAACGAGAUCAAGCUCAUCCUUGCGCAGAUGUUGCUGCAGUACGACAUCCGCCUGCCGCAGGGUACUCAUAUGCCGCCGAUGAUUGCGAAAAAGGGCUGCUUCGUAGACAAAUCCGAGGGUGCAGAUCGAGUUCAGGAAGGUCACGGAUGCGCGUCAGCAUGAGACCGAAACCCACGUAUCGUCAAGACUGGGGUCUUCAUUUUGGCUCGGAGAAGAAUUUCCCUUCGCCGUCACUGCGUGCCACGUACAAACAUACGAAAUU